ACAGAUGGAGGACCUGUGCAGUGUCAGUGGUUUGGAUCCUCUGUGGGACUGGAACCUGACGUGGUACACGACCCAUCCGGACCUGACCCAGUGUUUCCAGCACACCAUCCUGGUUUGGUUCCCUUGUGUUUACCUGUGGACCUGUUCACCACUCUACCUGCUCUACUUGAAGCUCCGCCCACCCAGAGGCAUCAUCCCCCUGUCCAAAAUCUGCUGCGCCAAGAUGCUACUCAGUUUGAGUCUGGCGACUUUUGGUCUUCUGGAAAUCUUUUACCUCCUGGUGAAGAAGAAUGAGGAGAUCCACAAGCACACGGUCUUCCUGCUGGGCCCGCUGAUCCGAAGCGCCACUCUGGUUCUGGCAGUUGUUAUAAUCCAUGUAGAGAGGAUGAAGGGCUGUCGAUCAUCCAUCCUCCUCUUUCUAUUCUGGACUCUUCUGGUUCUUUGCUCCAUCGUUCCUCUGAAGGUCAAUGUGGAACUGAUUAUUGAUCAGGGUUUUUCAUCAGACGCUGUUCGUUUCGUGGCGUUCGUCGUUUGCUUCUCGCUGCAACUCGUUCAGCUCGUCCUCUGCUGCUUCUCUGACUGCCGACCGCUGUCUACACACACCUACACACAGAAUCAGUGUCCAGAAGAAGACGCCUCAUUUCUCUCCAAGUUUUUCUUCUUUUGGUUCAGCAGUUUGGUGAUUCGUGGUUACCAGCACCCCCUGCAGGCUGCGGACCUGUGGUCCCUCAGGGAUCGGGACUCCUCUGCCUGGAUCCUGUCUGACAUGGAGAAGAACUGGACCCAACACUGUGCAGAACUGCAGAAGGAGCAUGCUGGUUCUGGGCCCUCCUGGUCCUGUUCUGAUGGUUCUGCCGGGCUGACAGAAAAAACUCAGCUGCUGAGGAAAAGGAGGAAGCGACAGAGCUACAGCCUGUUCCUCCUCCACACGCUGGGACGGAGCUUUGGACCGACCUUCCUCUGUGGAACGCUGUGCCUGCUCCUCCACGACGCCUUCAUGUUUGCUGUGCCGCAGGUUCUUAGUCUGCUGCUCGGAUUCAUGCGGGACAAGGAUGCCGCCAUGUGGAAAGGUUUCCUGUUUGCCUCCCUGCUCUUCCUGCUGUCCUGCUUGCAGUCUCUGCUGCACCAUCAGUACAUGUACCGCUGCUUCACGGUGGGCAUGAGGCUGAAAACUGCCGUCAUGGGCCUCAUCUACAGGAAGUGUCUGGUGAUGAGCAGCGGCGCCCGGCAGCAGUGCACCGUUGGAGAGAUCAUUAGCUUGGUCUCUACGGACUCUCAGAAGCUGAUGGAUCUGGUUGUUUACGUUAACAGCGUCUGGAUCGCUCCGCUGGAGAUCGCCCUCUGCUUCUUCUUCCUGUGGAAGCUGCUGGGUCCGUCUGCUUUAGCCGGCGUCGUCAUGGUGAUCGUCCUCUUCCCUCUGAACGGGGUCAUCGCCAAGAUCCGGACCAGACUGCAGGAGGUCCAGAUGAGGUUCCUGGAUGGUCGGAUCAAGCUGAUGAACGAGAUCCUGAACGGAGUGAAGAUACUGAAGUUCUACGGCUGGGAGGACGCGUUCCUGCGGCGGGUCAGCGGUCUGAGAGACGGAGAACUGAGCGCCCUGAAGAGGUCUCAGGUCCUGUACUCUGUCUCUCUGGCGUCUUUUAACUCCUCGUCCUUCCUGAUCCUGUUCGCAGUGUUCGGCGUCUUCGUUCUCAGCGAUGAACGAAAUGUUUUGGACGCUCAGAAAAUCUUUGUUUCCGUCGCUUUGAUCAAUAUCCUGAAGAUGCCGCUGAGCCAGCUGCCGUUCGCCAUGAGCACCACCAUGCAGGCUUUUGUCUCACUCAGACGUUUGGGACAUUUACUGCUGCAGGAUGAACUGAAGACGGACAACGUGGAGAGACUUCCUCAUAACACAGACGGGGACGCAGUGACCAUCGAGGGCGGAUCCUUCGCCUGGUCGGCUGACGGGCCGCUGUGUCUGCAGAGGAUCAAUGUGAAGGUGAAGACCGGGAGCCUGGUGGCUGUGGUGGGCCACGUCGGCUCUGGAAAGUCCUCGCUGCUGUCGGCCAUGUUGGGAGAGACAGAGAGACGGAGCGGCGGCGUCUCCGUCAAGGGUUCCGUGGCCUACGUCCCCCAGCAGGCCUGGAUCCAGAACGCCACCCUGAAGAACAACAUCCUGUUCGGCCAGGACAGAAAGGAGAGCUGGUACCACCGAGUGGUGGAGGCCUGUGCUCUGCUGCCGGACCUGGACAUCCUGCCCGCCGGAGACGCCACCGAGAUCGGGGAGAAGGGUCUGAACCUGUCUGGAGGGCAGAAGCAGAGGGUGAGUCUGGCUCGGGCUGUCUACAGGAAGUCAGACGUUUACCUGCUGGAUGAUCCACUGUCCGCUGUCGAUGGUCAUGUGGGACAACACAUAUUUGAUCAAGUUAUCGGACCCAAAGGUCUCCUGAAAGACAAGACUCGGGUGCUGGUAACUCACGGCCUCAGGUUCCUGACCAAAGCAGACCUGGUCCUGGUGAUGGAGGGGGGUCAGAUUUCUGAGAUGGGAUCCUUCAUGGAGCUGAUGGACCGGAAAGGAGCGUUCGCCCACCUCAUCCACACCUUCAGUGGGCCACAGCCCAGAGAGAGCUCCACCCACAGGGACAGGAGCAGCAGGAAGUCAUUGUCUCGUCUCAGUAUGACGGAUUUCUCCAUCGAUCUGUCUCAGGAGCAGCUGAUCAGCUGUGACCUCAGCGGCGUUCAGAUGAUGGAGAAAGUCGAUCAGGACUCAGACUCUGAGGAUUGUGGGAAACUGACUCAGGCUGACGAAGCUCACACUGGGAGGGUGAAGCUGCAGAUGUACGGCGAGUAUUUCCGGACGGUGGGGACGACCUUCAUCAUGACCAUCGUCUUCCUCAGUGCCUUCCAGCAGGCCGCCUCUCUGGCCUACUCCUAUUGGCUGAGCCUGUGGGCCGACCAGCCGCCGGCCAAUGGCACGCAGAGCGACCACGAGCUCAGACUGAGUGUGUUCGGAGCGCUGGGCGCCACCCAGGGGGCGGCCAUGUUUGGGACCACGCUAGCUAUCGCUCUGGGCGGCAUCGUAGCGUCUCGCCAGCUUCACGCCGAGCUGCUGAACGACGUGCUGCGCUCGCCCGUCUCGUUCUUUGAAGCGACGCCGAGCGGAAACCUGCUGAACCGCUUUUCCAAAGAGAUCGACGCCAUCGACUGCAUGAUCCCCGAAGGCCUGAAGAUGAUGCUGGGAUACCUGUUCAAGCUGCUGGAGGUCUGCAUCAUCGUGCUGCUGGCCACGCCGCUCACAGGCCUGCUGCUGCUGCCGCUCACCUGCCUCUACAUCUUCAUCCAGAGUUUCUACGUGGCGGCGUCGUGUCAGCUGCGGCGCCUGGAGGCGGUGAGCCGCUCGCCGAUCUACAGCCACUUCAACGAGACGUUGCAGGGCGCCGGCGUCAUCCGAGCCUUCGGGGAGCAGCGGCGCUUCACGCUCCAGGCCGACCGACGCAUCGACAGCAACCAGGAGGCCUACUUCCCUCGCUUCGUCGCCACGAGGUGGCUGGCGGUAAAUCUGGAGUUUUUAGGGAAUCUGCUGGUUCUAGCUGCUGCUGUCCUGUCAGUGCGAAGUCGGGCUGAGCUGAGCCCGGGCAUCGUGGGACUGGCAGUGACACACUCUCUGCAGGUGACGGGGAUCCUGAGCUGGAUUGUUCGAUCCUGGACUGAUGUGGAGAACAACAUCGUGUCAGUGGAAAGAGUGAAGGAGUAUGCCCACACCCCCAAAGAGGCGGCCUGGACGCUUCCAGACAGCCUGCUGCCCGCCGCCUGGCCCACCACAGGAACCAUCCAGUUUGAGGACUAUGGACUGCAGUACCGUAAAGGUCUGGACUGGGCCUUGAAGGGAAUCUCCAUCAGCAUCCAGGACAAAGAGAAGGUGGGGAUCGUGGGCCGGACCGGAGCAGGGAAGUCCUCCUUGGCUUUGGGACUGUUCCGGAUCCUGGAAGCGGCGAAGGGCCGGAUCUGCAUCGAUGGGAUCGACAUCGCUCAGAUCGGCCUUCAUGAGCUUCGCUCUAGGAUCACCAUCAUCCCUCAGGACCCGGUGCUGUUCUCAGGGUCUCUGAGGAUGAACCUUGACCCCUUUGACACCUGUUCAGAUGAGGAGCUGUGGAGAGCUCUGCAGCUGGCUCACCUGCACACCUUUGUGUCUGCGCUGCCACAGAAACUCAACCAUGAGUGCUGCGAGGGAGGAGAGAACCUCAGUGUGGGACAGAGACAGCUCCUGUGCUUGGCCCGAGCUCUGCUGAGGAAGACGAAGAUUCUGGUUCUGGAUGAAGCAACAGCAGCUGUAGACGUAGAACUGGACCAGUUGAUCCAGUCCACCAUCAGGACCCAGUUCAAGGAUUCAACGGUUCUGACCAUCGCGCACCGGAUCAACACCAUCCUGGACUGUAACAGGGUCUUGGUGAUGGACCGAGGGUCUCUGGUGGAACUGGACUCUCCGGCGGUUCUGGUUAAACAGCAGCAAAGUUUCUUCUAUCAGAUUUGUCUCCAAGCCGGACUUCUGUAG